AGGAUGCCAUUACCAUAAAUAAAAAGAAAUCGAGAGUGCCGUUUAUCUUGGACUUAAUUACGAUGGGGUUCUAACAGUACAGCUUUACAGCUAUUCAGGAAUGAUAAGGAUACGUAUCUUGAUCAUUACCGUUAUGGUCGUUUUGUUCAUGGAAAGUGUCGCAGAUGAUUAUCAUGGAUGGGAAUAUGUAAAGACAGAUACAAUGAUACCACACGAUCUAGAAUCCUACCCUCUUCAUCUCAAGACAGUCUCUAAAAUAAAGGACGGAGAUAGCAUUAGUGUGCUUAUCGAUCAAAAAUAUGACAUUGUUUUGACAUUAUCCUUCAUGCCUCUUCACGUUCGAAUUUUCAUGUUUAAUUCUCAUUUGUGUGCAUCCAUGAACGGGGACCAUUAUUUAGAUACCACACUAGGUGGUGAUUUUAUAACUAACACCACCGAGAAUAUCUGGUCAAUACGAAAGACAAACAUUUCACUAGACUUAGAUGUGAAUAGCAUAACAUUGUUGCAAUACAAUUUCUCGAAGAUCGAACAGGAGUGUAUAAGUCUACGGUCGAUAAAUGUUCUUUGGAUUUAUCUCACGUCGUCUGAAAAAUCGUUUCCAUGGAUCCCAACCACUGUUGUUGGACUGCAGUACAAACCCCACAUUAGAGAUUACUCCGAUUGUCAGGUGAAAGAAGUAGGCAAUCCUCCAUACUUGAAAUUGGCAUGCAAAUAUGACAACACUACCUGGUUCCGCUGCCCCUUCACUCAUAACUACUAUACAGUCGGCGAUAAAAGCGACAGUGGUUGUGUUUCAACGGAUUUUGACUCAGCAUGUCCAAGGGACACACAUUUUUAUCAAGCAUGUGGACACAGUGAUUGUACUGGAUAUCAAGUACUGGAGCAUUCGACACUCUUCUGUUCAACGUAUGUAUGCGAUAUCAGAAACCGUUCAUCAGUAUACCAACAACCUCAAGCAGGUAAAUUUUACGAGGCCACAUUUUCUUGCAAUGGGAAAUAUGAUUGCCUCAAUACUAAAGUAGAUGAGCAGUUAGAUUGUCGGUUUGAUGAGGAAGAUCAGUAUCAGUGCAAGGACAACUCUAGUUUAAGAACUAGGAAGAAACUAGCAGCCUCAAAGACGUGUGACAACAAAUGCAACUGUUUCGAUUGUGACGAUGAAGCUCAUUGUAAUGGUUUUCACUAUGGAGUUGAAUGUGAAUUGAAGGACGAAGGUUCUUGGGGUAACUACGAUGGUGGAAGUUAUGCAGCCCCAGCAAAUAUUUGCGAUGGUUAUGAACAUUGCACUGACGGAAGCGACGAAAAAAAUUGUUCUCAAUCAAAUAAGACUUGCCAUGACGGUUGGCAAGGCGAUGUUCGUUACUUGAAGGAUAACCAAAUCUGUGCAGUUCCCCGUGGUUUAGGGGUCUGUGGAGAUGGUAAAGACCAAGUAAACUGUCCAGACCCUCAUAAAAUAGCUAUGUCUUGCUUAUUGGCAGGAUCUCCCACUAACAUUUCAAUAUUUGCUGUCUGCAAAGACUACCCGUUAUGUGACGAUGACUAUAACAACAAUUGUCUAGAACCAGAGGGAGGGUGUUCUGUCCACAAGAGCUUUCUCUGUGAUGGAAUAGCAGACUGUCCAGGAGGUUCUGAUGAGAGUGAAGUAUACUGCUCUCACAUGUCCAGUUUCAACUGUACAAGAAGAGUAGCCAGAUUUGAAGCAAAGGGCAACAAAAUCAUCCACCCCUUUCCUUUAAGCUGGGUGAAUGAUAAUGAAAUAGAUUGUAUGGACGGCAAGGAUGAGGACGAUAUUUAUUGGAAUGUGUGUGAGUUCGGAUCGAUUGAACUGUUUAUCGAAAAAGAAAGUCGCUGCAUGGAUGUAAAGAAAUGUAGAGAGCAAGAAGAGGGGUUUAUAAGUGUAAAGAACCUGUGUGAUAGAGUUGAAAGCUGUGGGGGAGAGAACGAUUUAUGUGGAGUCUCUAGAGGCAUUCAAACAACUUGGAACACUCUCAUCGAACAAAAGGCUGCGGACACAAAAGUAGUAUCGUAUUGUUUGAAGGGGUUGAUGAAUCUUCAACGCUCUGCAAGCUUCUGCCUCGUGAGAGGGGUACCAUCUCCAAACGCAGGGGACACUGCACAAUUUGUGAGAAAAGGCGGCAAGUUAAAUUUACCGAACAGCAAGUUUGACUGCAGGUUCGUAUACGGUGAAAUGUAUGUUUAUCUGGCUUGUUCCAACUCCUGCUUAGCAUCCUCCACACCGUGUCCUUUGAGGACAAUUCCUUCUGACACUUGUGUCAACAAGAUGAAAGAAAGAGUCUUCACAGUUACUGACUCCAACAAUCUUACAGUUUCUCUGAGAAAACUGAGGGAGUACCACAAUGAAAUUUACCCGUGUGACAAUAAAAACUGUGUGCUGUACAACAAAGUUUGCAACCUAGUUGAUGAUUGUGGGGAUGUAAGUGAUGAAGUUAACUGCACUAAUCACUUCUACUGCCCAGGAUAUAAAGAGUACAUACCGCUUACCUCCAAAUGUGAUGGUCAGGUUGAUUGCAGAGAUUUCUACGACGAGUGUAACCAUGACUGUGUCACUACACAGAGAGUUGUCCGCUCAUCAAAGAAUACCUCGAGAAACGACACCACCCAACACACAAGGGACAUCCAGUUGAAAAUCAGUGCCAUAAUCUUUACUGACUUUAUGUGCUGGAUACCCCUGACCGUCGUUUGCUUCCUGCACUACGGAGAUAUCAUCAACGCCACCAAAUGGUAUCCCUACUUCUCAAUCGCACUGCUACCGAUAAAUUCCGUAAUAAACCCACUGCUUUAUAACGGGGAUCUAGUAAAGAUGUUGAUUGGUCCUGUCAGAGUUUUAAACAGAUAUAGGCAGGAAACGAAGGCUAGAUGGACAACUAGAUGA